GUCGAUCUCCGGAAGUAGUUGAGAAAGCGGAGGCGCCAUAGUCAGUGUCUGCUGUGGACUCUUCGGUUCGUUGCCACCAUGGGGAAGCGACAGCACCAGAAGGACAAGAUGUAUAUCACUUGUGCUGAGUACACUCAUUUCUAUGGUGGCAGGAAGCCAGAUAUCUCACAGAGAAGUUUUCGCCGCUUACCUUUUGACCACUGCAGUCUCUCUCUCCAGCCUUUUGUCUACCCAGUCUGUACCCCAGAAGGUGUCGUCUUUGACUUGCUGAACAUUGUUCCCUGGCUUAAGAAGUAUGGGACGAAUCCCAGCACUGGAGAGAAACUUGAUGGGAAGUCCUUGAUCAAGCUGAACUUUGCAAAGAACAGCGAAGGGCAGUACCACUGUCCAGUGCUGUAUUCCGUGUUCACUGACAACACCCAUAUUGUGGCCAUCAGGACAACUGGCAAUGUCUACACCUAUGAGGCAGUGGAGCAGCUAAACAUCAAGGCCAAGAACUUGCGGGAUCUGUUGACCGAUGAGCCCUUUUCCAGGCAAGACAUCAUCACCCUGCAGGACCCCACCAACUUGGACAAAUUCAAUGUUAGCAACUUCUUCCAUGUGAAGAAUAACAUGAGAAUAAUAGACCCAGAUGAGGAAAAGGCCAAACAAGACCCAUCUUAUUAUUUGAAAAAUACAAAUUCGGAGACGAGAGAGACGCUACAGGAGCUCUACAAAGAGUUCAAAGGAGAUGAGAUUUUAGCAGCUACCAUGAGGCCACCUGAGAAGAAGAAGGUGGACCAACUGAAUGCGGCCCACUACUCCACAGGGAAGGUCAGUGCAUCCUUCACCUCUACUGCCAUGGUACCUGAGACCACGCAUGAAGCAGCUGUCAUUGAUGAAGAUGUACUGCGCUACCAGUUUGUGAAGAAAAAGGGCUAUGUAAGGCUUCACACCAACAAGGGCGACCUUAACUUAGAGCUGCACUGUGACCUGACACCAAAAACCUGUGAAAACUUCAUCAAGCUCUGCAAGAAACAGUAUUAUGAUGGUACCAUCUUUCACAGGUCCAUCAGGAACUUUGUGAUCCAGGGCGGUGACCCCACAGGUACAGGCACAGGUGGAGAGUCAUUCUGGGGCAAGCCUUUCAAAGAUGAGUUCCGUCCCAACCUUUCACACACGGGCCGUGGGGUGCUCAGCAUGGCCAAUUCGGGGCCCAACACCAACAAGUCUCAGUUCUUCAUCACAUUCCGAUCCUGCGCUUACCUGGAUAAGAAGCAUACCAUCUUUGGACGGGUUGUUGGGGGCUUUGACACGCUGACAGCCAUGGAGAAUGUGGAGAGUGACCCUAAAACUGAUCGUCCUAAGGAGGAAGUGCUCAUAUGUACAACCACAGUGUUUGUGGAUCCCUAUGAGGAGGCCGAUGCCCAGAUUGCCCAGGAAAGGAAGAAGACACAGCAUCAGGUGGAUCCAGAGGCCAAGGUCAAGAUGAGUCAGCCCCAGCCUGGAAACCAGGGACCCCAGACAUAUCGCCAGGGGGUGGGCAAGUACAUCCACCCUGCGGCCACGAAACGAUCAGCAGAGGAAGAACCAUCCACCAGCACUGCCACUCCCACGGCCAAGAAAAGGCCCAGUCGGGGCUUUGGGGACUUCAGCUCCUGGUAGCAGCAGGCUGGCCUCAGGGAUCCUGGCCACUCACAAGCUACUUACUACAAGGCGGUGUCAGAAGCAUCAGGACCCCAGAAGCCCUGGGUUCUCAGUGGGCUCUGAGACCCUGAUACCCUGAUCCUUUGCUCCUAGUGGAUGCUGCAGGAAGGAACGUGGCUCGCCGCCGCCCCCAUCUCCGCCCCCACCCCCACUCCGGGAACCUUGCUGUGUGACAGGAGCUUUAUUUUAUACCUCCCACGGAUACGCCACAGGGGGCUGACAGCUUUGGCUAGGAGACAGGGAGGCCAAGGCGCUCUGUUCGCUCGAGCUUGCUGGUCCUGCUGCUCAUGGUGAACUCCGUGUGGCUUCCACAGCACUGCAGUCAGCCUUGCUCAGCAGCCGACACCUGUCCCCAGGGCAGGCAGCUGUGUCCUCCUCUCCUGUCCUCCAGCACAGAGGACAGAUCACCAGGGCUUGCAUUUCCAUGGGUCGGUUGUCUACAGCUUAAAUGGUAGUGUUUUAGACAGUAAAGACACUUGGAUUUUGAAAACUGCCUGAUGAGCUCAUCAGAAAAUAAAGGACUUUUUUGAGGGGAAAAAAAAAA